AUACUUUCUGGCACACAAGCACAGCACAGCGGCAGCACACACAGACCAUGGACAACCGUGUCUUUGCCACAGUGGGAUCGACGCGUUUCGACAAACUCAUCGCUGUGGUCUCAUCCCCUCCCCUGCUGAAGCUACUCUCAUCGCUUCACUAUACUCAUCUUACGAUCCAACAUGGCCAGAGCCCGAUCACCAUCUCAUCACCACAAGUGUCAUCAGUUUCACCGGAUGUGCAAGUUGACGCGUACCAGUACAAGUCCUCCUUGCGUGAGGAUAUGGCACAGGCCAGUUUGGUUAUCAGCCAUGCAGGUUCUGGAUCUAUCCUGGAGGCCCUACGAUUGAAGAAGAAGCUGAUUGUCGUCGUGAACGAGGACCUCAUGGAUAACCACCAACUCGAGCUCGGCUCUUCGCUUCAUGAACAAGGCUAUCUUGUUUGCUGUAGUGUCGCGGACCUUGAAAGUGCUCUCAAGGCAAAAGAAUACCAGUCGCUCACGCCGUUUCCAGACCAGGACCCGAUACGCUUUGCUAGCUUUUUGGACUCACAGAUGGGAUUCUGAGAUAAGAAUGUUUGCAAGCAUAUAAAUAUACACAGUAUUUGGAGUGAUUUUAGGAUGCAUUGAGCGAGUUCUAUCA